GCACAUGAACGACGUGUGAGGGAGAGCAAGAAGACUUAGACCGACAGUUUUCGACUUUUUCGAAUUAAAUUAGGUCUAAAACGACUGGAGCGUCCCCAGAAAUAUGGACAGAUGACCCAGCCCUCGGUAUGGUAGAAGUGGACGUACAGCUGGAGCAGGUGGGUUCCAUGCCUCUUAAAUGCAGUAUUUGGUCCAACUUCAUCUUCCUGCUGGUCUUGGCUACUGGAGCACCUGCUGGCAGCAAAGGAGCGGAUGAGAAAAUAUGCUCUAUACACUCGAGCAAGGAAGUCCACAUGGGCUCCAGCUUCCAGAUCUACUGUAUCUUCAAGAAGGGGUGCAAAACUUUGAUUUUCCAAGAUAAUGUGCGCUUACAGUGCACAAGCUGCAAUUCAACCCACGUGAGACAGAGCAUUGUGAAUCUUACACAGACCACCACCUUCACCUGCAAGUGUGGUGACAAUCCAGAGCCCUGUGGGACUGACAUCACUCCGGGGUAUCCGCCUGAGAUUCCACAGAACCUCACUUGUGUUCAAGAAGGAGAACUUGGAAAUGUGAACUGCACAUGGAAAGCGGGACGGGAAACCUACAUCCAGACCACGUCACGCCUGUGGGUGGGUGGAGACCCUGUUGACUAUGCAAGCGUUACACUCCCUGAUGGGACCCUUUCAGCCGUUUUUCCCAUUCCAGCCGCAAAGACUAACUUUUCAGUGUUGGUCAAAGCCAGCAACAGCCUGGGCUCUGCAACCUCAGGUGUCCUCAGCUUCAUGCUCAACGACAUAGUGAAGCCUUUGAGCCCAAAUAUCAAGAAAGUGGAGUGCACCUCAAGACAGUGCCACGUUUACCCAGAUAACGCACAAAGCAUUCAGCUGGUGGAGAUCCAGUACAGAGCGGAUGAGGGGAGCUGGAACACUGUGUCAUUCAAUCACACAAAUUCAAGCACAAGCUGGACCAUAACUUCACUGAAUCCGUACAGCCUGUACACGUUUCAAGUCAGAUGGAAACUUGGCCCGACCACAGGAGUGUGGAGUGGGUGGAGCAGGGCUGAGAAAUUGACUGAUGAAGAAGCUCCUUCAGCUAUGGUUGAUGCUUGGUAUAUUGAAGAAACCACACAAAAAGUCAAAAAGAAUAUCCACCUAUUUUGGAAGGAGCUGAGCAAAUCAGAUGCCAGAGGAAAUAUUCUGGGGUAUAAUGUGAGUGUGAUGGACCAGGGGAAGAAAAUCAGCAGCGCUUUUAUUAAACCCCCAAACAGAAGUUACAGAGUGCCCUGUUCUGUAUGUAAUGUAUACAUCUUUGCGGUCAACUCAAAGGGCCAGUCUCCUGCCAGACUCGUUCAGCUGCAGCCAAUAGAUAAUUUUUCAUCCCUGAGUCACAAGCGUGUUGAUAAUCGCAGUAUCGCCCUCUCCUGGCUGAGGGAAGACACAGUGAAAGAGUACCUGGUGGAGUGGUAUCCUGCUGGACGAAAACAGCAGCUUCAGUGGAUCAGAGUGGAGCACCACCUAAACACUAUUCACAUUACUGGUUUGCAGCCUGCUGAAUGCUAUGACGGUGCAGUAAUUUAUCUUCGCCCAUCUGGGACAAAUAAAGCUGUUUUCAGCGAUGUUGCCACAUGGCCAUCAGCUCCACAACAGGGCCCUAACUGUGACACCAUGGUGAAAUAUGACAGAGUGGAAGUCACAUGGCAGGAAGUUCCUUCAGAAAAGAGAGGAGGCUGUCUUAUCAGACAGUACAGAAUCUACCUGCAGGAGCCAGGAGGCAAAAUUGAAAAUUACAGUGUUAGUCACCCCCAGAGAAAGUAUACUAUUACUGGCCUGGCCCGGGGACAGCAGUACAAGCUCUGGGUCUCAGCCGAGACUACAGCAGAAGGACCCAAAGGAUUUGAGUGCCACUUUGUAACACAUCAAGGAGCUCCAUCAGCUGAGAAAUCUCUGGCUCUGGUAGUGUCAAUUGGUGGUGCCAUUUUCCUGACCUGUCUUUUUCUCCUGUGCAUCUGUCAGUUCUCCUCAGUACACACAAGAUUGUCCCGCUGUUGUCACUGCCUAAUGCCAAGCAUUGUUCCAGAUCCUGCAAAUAGCAAAUGGGCAAAAGAGUGUGCAAAUGAGAAGGGUGAGAUGAAACUACAGUUGUACCUCAGUGACUCCAGUAUGAGUGAAGAGGAGCCAGAUACCGUGGAGGUGCAGGAACUUCCCCGGGAGAAGUUGCUCCAAGGAGAAAGCGUCCCCAUGGAUGGAGCGUGUCACUCGCGGUCAAAAGUUCAGGACCGGGAGCACCACAUCCCUUCAUCACCCUACCAGCCCAUCACCACCAGCUCUUACCUCAAAAGCUUGUCCAACUCUUCAGACACUACUCAGGCCUCCAGGAACACAGACAUUACUGUGGACUACAUUUCUACUCAUGGAGUAUUGAGUGGGGGAGAAGAAGAAGAUGAAGAGGAGGAAAUGGAUGUGAUGGGCUUCUUUCCAUGCCCAACAAGCCCUUUCCUGGACCCUCUGAUGCCCACUGGAGGAAAACUGACUCUGGACAUAGUCAAAAUAGACUGCAGUGAUUUAAACCUCUGCAUGCAGUGAAAUUUAACUGUUAACUGAGUGCUGCAUGAAUCUAUACUGUUGUUUACACUUUUAUCUCAGACUUUUACAGUCAGGAGGUCCACUUCUGGCAGCCACAUUUCAGACUAAGCCACUCAACUCUGUAACACUAACAAAAAGACACUUCACCCAACCGUUCUGUUCAGUAAGAAACUAUAUUAUUAGGCAAAUCAUGUAGCAUGAGGAGCAAAAAUACUGGGAAAUGAUGUAAAAUAGGUUAGUUUUGUUAUACAUUCCUUAAAUUUGUAUUCCAGGUCAAAAGAUAAGAAUGGGUAUGCCAGCAUUUAUGUUGCCCAUUUUCCACAAGGUACCCGUCAUAAACUGAUGUCUUCCUCGGAGGGCCUGAUUGGCAUAAUUUGAUUGGCAUAACUUGCUUACGCUGCCUGUAGUUUCUUUCUUUUUGAAAAUAUUCCAUACUGUUGUUUUUGGAAUGCCCAGUUGUUUCGCAAUGGCUUGCACUGGAAUUUGCUUAAUCUCAUGUUCUAAGCUUUUCCAUUAUAGUCAAUUCUCUAGUUUUCAUCUUAUUUUGUACCUUUUACAUCAAAACAAGACCCCUAAUGCAAACUCAAAUGACUACAACUAACCUUACACAUUCAUAUCUCUUUUAUGUGCUUGCAGUUAUGGGAACAUGAAACACCUGAGCAAUCUGAAUCACCCGUUCAUUCAUUUGUCCCAGUACUUAUGCUCAGCUGAAAUCGGAAGAAUGGAACAUGACAGUAAUACCCAGUAUGGUUUAUGUUGUAUGGAAAACAUUGCCCAUACAUUUUGUGCUUUAGUGUAACGCUCAUUUUUUGAUCUGGAAUGCAAAUUGAAUGAAUAUAAAACCAAAGUAAUCCAUUUCGCCUCAUUGCUCCAAUAGUUUUGCUUCUCACUGUAUGUGGUUAUGAAUAUUGGUUAGAAGACCUUAUUGCACCAGCUCAGUCUAAUCCAUGCGGCAAAGACCUGUUACCACAGAGCUUUAAAGUUUUUUCUGACUUGUAAAAUGAGACCAUAAUUUACCUCAGUUGAGUAUUACUCUGUUGUAAAUACAGCUGU